GCUCUUCCCCUACACGAAUGCCUACCAUGGAAGCUUGCGAACUCGAAAUGCAUCUGUGUUCGUGGCUACAUACCCGAAAAGCCUUACAGGUGGUCGGUGAACCUGAUGAACGGUGGACUGGACGGGGACAUCGCUCUGCACAUCAACCCUCGCCACGACUUGGGCCACGUCGUCAGGAACUCAAGACUGAGCGGCGCCUGGGGGCGGGAGGAGCUGUGCGCCACGCCGCCCCUGCCGUUCGCGCCCGGCCAGGACUUCGAGCUGGUGAUCUUCUGCACGGAGAGCUGCUAUCUGAUGUCGGUCAAUGGCCGUCACCUGGCGUCGUUCGCGACCCGCUCGGCGCUCUCGGCCGUGCGCACGCUGCACGUGGAUGGCACGGUCCAGCUGACCGGGAUCGAGUACUCGGACGGCGUGAAGCAGUACCCGCCGCUGCCGGCGCCGGCGCUGGCGCUGGCCGACCGGCCUGGCGGCGGCUACCACGCCGACAAGCCGCUGUUCCCGUGCCGUCUGCCCGAGCCGAUGCAGGAGGGAGGCGUUAUUCAGCUGACGGGACGAGUCCGCCUCCUGCCCUUCUCGUUUUUCGUGAACCUGCUGCACGGCAGCCAGCUGUUCCCGGAGCCGGACAUUCUGCUGCACUUCAACCCGCGCUUCCAGGUGCUGGACUGUUUUGAGGUGAUCGUGGCCAAUUCGCGAGUGGCCGGCUGGGGUAAGGAGCAGAUCGUCCAGGACUUCCCGUUCCGGGCAGGACGACACUUCGUCAUCAGGAUUGUCUGCCAGCCAGGAUCCUGGGACGUGUUCGUCGAUGGGCGACUUCUUCUGAAGUUUCCGCACCGGCUCUCCAAGAGCCUGCUGGACGCCGUGGAAGUCCGGGGCGACGUCAUCGUGGAGUCGGUGCAUUUCGAACCCAAUUCCAAGGAUCUCAUUCAGUUCUAGGACUGGACUGCUUACAGCUGGUCACGCAAAUGCCGAUUUUCUGUCCACGUUUUUCACGGUUGGAAUAAUAUUGAGCAUUGUACGAGUAUGUAUGUCUAUUUGACGUAAGUGAACAUGUUAUCGUGGUGAGAUAUGAAGUACCCUCCAAGUUGGCUGUUUGAACAACGUACUGGUGCCUGCGCCGAACGGCUAACGGAAAACAAUGAGACUUUCUUUCGUACCCACGUGGGCGCAACUAUGGCAGAUUAGGUGCGGGAUGCUAUGCGCGAAGGAGGCUGCACUCUUAACCGACUAACGGCAUUCGCCCCAUGCAUAUAGAAUAACCGUGAUCUCGGUUUACGUGGGGCGCCCAUUUCGCCAAAGCACGGGCAUGUUGAAAAAAGCACGGGCAUUUGUGACGUAUUGUGGCGAUGCGCCGUGGAAGCUCGGUACCCUUGGGUUACUUAGAACCGCCAUUUUGUUAAAGCGCGUUUAAGUUGUGUCGCCUGCUUGGUAAACGUGCUUUCGAUCCGUGUCGAUCCGUUCGAUCCGUGUACACAUGGCCCGCUGAGCGGGUCAUGUGUAGGUUUGAUUUCCAUUGAGACUGCGCAGCAUGUGCGCCGGCCCCAAUUUCCGCAUCUUGCAGUAUGACUGGUACGUUUUGUGAGUGGUAGGGCGGCCUGCGGGGACUAGUUCAAGCUUGGCUGUCCUGACCUGGGCGUGACAGGAACAGUAUGCACUGUUCUGUGUCUGGCAUGCCCUGACACGCCAAGCGCCGUGGUUCGUAAAUAAAAUGUCUACCAGA